AUGGUAAAAGAUGAAGGUAUAGAAGGUAUAGAAGGUAUAGAAGGUAUAGAAGGUAUAGAAGGUAUAGAAGGUAUAGAAGGUAUAGAAGGUAUAGAAGGUAUAGAAGGUAUAGAAGGUAUAGAAGGUAUAGAAGGUAUAGAAGGUAUAGAAGGUAUAGAAGGUAUAGAAGGUAUAGAAGGUAUAGAAGGUAUAGAAGGUAUAGAAGGUAUAGAAGGUAUAGAAGGUAUAAAAGGUAUAGAAGGUAUAGAAGGUAUAGAAGGUAUAAAAGGUAUAGAAGGUAUAGAAGGUAUAGAAGGUAUAGAAGGUAUAGAAGGUAUAGAAGGUAUAGAAGGUAUAGAAGGUAUAGAAGGUAUAGAAGCUAUAGAAGGUAUAGAAGGUAUAGAAGGUAUAGAAGGUAUAGAAGGUAUAGAAGGUAUAGAAGGUAUAGAAGGUAUAGAAGGUAUAGAAGGUAUAGAAGGUAUAGAAGGUAUGGAAGGUAUAGAUGGUAGAGAAGGUAUACGAGACUUGCUCCCAGAGAAAAAGUACGCGUGCGUUAAACGCGAACGACUAACAGCUGUGUAG